CUUUAGUAACCAUAGAAACCGCCCAUGAUAACAAGAUGGAGCGAUAUUCAUCUGAUAUGAACGAAAAAGCCGAGCUCUCCUUACUUAUAAAAGCUUUGCGGGAGGACCGACUCCGCAAAAUGAAGGAGAAACUUGGAAAUGCCCCUUUAACUGAGACGGACAGCUUUGAAUGGGCUACAAGCAAAGACUUCAACAUCGAAGUGGGAAGGUAUCAGAUUGAGGCAUAUAUUAAAACCUGGGAGAUUCGGUUCUGUUGGGUCUGCAGCGUAAACUUUCUCCGCACAUCACAGGAGGACGACUUUAUGAUCUACUUCUACGAGGCCCGUUUCAUGGCGCCGACGGCCAGGAAACCGAUCUCGGAUAGAGUCAGCGUUUACUUCGCGGCGGAAGUAUCGAAAACCGAGGCCGAAGCUCUGCCGGUGGAAGUCCGCUUCAUACUGGAGUCUAGGAGGCUCGUACACACUCCGGGGAGGAGCAGGUUUUGCGAGAAGUGGCUGACGGACAUCACCGAGACCAAGGCUUUACUCCAAAGAAUGAUGGACUUAUAAAUCAGACGGUCACCAUCAGUGUCGCUAUUUUAGAGGUUAUAUAACAGUCCCUGUGUAUGGACUUUGGACUUUUUCCUUUAGUCAUAGCAGAAACGAUGGUACGUUUGUUAAAAAUAUACCCAUAUUAGAUUAAAGUGUGACGAAUGAGCGCUAACUUGCUUCAGAGACAGCUCAAAAACAAGGACGCGUUUACUUACCAAAUCAACAACACUGAAUAGCAACGUUAAUUAGAUUUUUGUGUCAGGCUGUGGAAAUAUACCAGUUUAAAGGCGUAAAUAAACAGUCUUCUUACCUAAUGCAACG